AUGUCACAGCAUAACAUGCCCGCUACUGACAUUGCUUCGUUUGUUCAACACUUCCAAUCAUCUCGGCGAAUAUGUGCUCUUCUAGGUGCAGGGCUUUCGGCUUCAAGUGGUCUUCCCACCUUUCGUGGUGCUGGUGGCCUCUGGCGUACCUAUGAUGCCACUGCCAUAGCAACUCCCGAGGCCUUUGAAGCCGAUCCCGUUCUCACAUGGCAGUUCUACUCAUACAGGCGCCAUAUGGCCUUGAAUGCAAAGCCCAACCGUGCUCAUCUCGCUCUGGCUGAAUUGGCUCGCCGAAACCCUGAUUUCAUCACCUUGAGCCAAAAUGUUGACGGCCUGAGUCCUCGUGCUGGUCAUCCUCCAGACCAGCUAAAACUCCUUCAUGGUAAUCUGUUCGACGUCAAGUGUUGGGAUGAGCACGGUUGUGGUUACAAGCGGGAGAAUGAUUUUACAGAUCCCAUUGUACCUGCUUUGGCUUUGCCUGUUGAUGAACCAAAUCUGGCUCCAGAUGCUCAACUCAAGGCUGCUACAAAAGCGAAAAGUGCUUUACUCAAGGGUGCUGACAUAGCUGAUAUCAAUGUGCCUCUUCCAGCUUGCAUCAAGCCAGAAGACCUUCCGCAAUGUCCCUCGUGCAAAAGAAAUCUAUUACGCCCAGGUGUGGUUUGGUUCGGGGAAGGUCUUCCAGAAGAUGUCUUACGUGGCGUGGAUGUCUUUUUCAGCAAACCCGAGAAAAUCGAUCUCAUGCUGGUCAUUGGUACCAGCUCCAAGGUAUAUCCCGCUGCAGGAUACACCAGUAUAGCCAGGAACAAAGGGGCAAGAGUGGCCGUCAUUAACAUGGACAGAGCAGAUGCAACAUCUCUCACCAGUAGAGACUGGUUCUUCGAAGGGGAUGCUGCGGUUAUCAUUCCAGAGAUCCUGAAGAGUGACAUUGGCGAAAUUGGUACAUUUGACGGAAUACAGGCUGCAACACAUGAAAGACCAUGA